CUGCUAGGCAAGAACAUAUCUUAGUAUAAAUAGCCAACUAAGGCCUUGGAAAAUUUUAAGCUCAAAGAUAUAAGAGAAAAAAAGGAGCGUAGAGAGCAUUUGAGAGAAGUGUUGCGCAACUUACAAAAACAAAGAUGGUGAGAGCUCCUUGCUGUGAAAAGAUGGGACUAAAGAAGGGUCCCUGGACUCCUCAAGAAGAUCAAAUUUUAAUCUCCUACAUCCAAAAAUAUGGCCAUGGAAAUUGGCGUGCGCUCCCAAAACAAGCUGGUCUACUAAGAUGUGGAAAGAGUUGCAGACUCCGCUGGACAAAUUACUUAAGGCCAGAUAUCAAGAGAGGAAACUUCAGCAAAGAAGAAGAGGAAACUAUCAUUAAGUUGCAUGAAAUGCUAGGGAAUAGGUGGUCAGCAAUUGCAGCAAGAUUACCAGGAAGAACUGACAAUGAAAUAAAAAAUGUCUGGCACACCCAUCUGAAGAAAAGACUCAAACAAAACCAGGCCAAUCCAGAAACCAAGCUACAACCUACAAAUUGUGAUUCCAAUGCCCCAAUGCAAUCAGAAUCCUCCAGCUUGAAUGUUCCUUCACAGCAAGGGUUUGAGAGUCCAGCAUAUACAACAAUGUCCCCACAAACAUCUUCUAGUGAUGAUAUUUCAUCGACCACAGAUGCUUCAAUGGCAACCAUGGACCAAAACAGCAUGACCAAUGAUGUCAAAGAUGAACAAAUUGAUAUCUGGGAAACUUUUCCCGAAAUCGAUGAAGGGUUUUGGUCUGAAGCACCUUUGGCUGAAAAUACAAGCAUGCCAUCGAGUUUAUUGGCAAACAAUGAUGAAUUAUUACAAGCCCAAUUUCCAUUCAACUCAACUGAGUUAGUGGAACCAGACUAUAGCGAUGGCUCAAAUAUUAUUGAUGAUGGCAUGGAUUUUUGGUACAACCUUUUCAUUGGAGCUGGGGGCUCACCAGAAUUAUCAGAAUUUUAAAAAUUAAUUUUAUUUUCUGUUUGGAGGCUUGGAUAUCUUUGAAAAAUAUCUUGGUACCAUGAUUUUGAUCGUUAUAACAACGGAAGGACAGCAAUUCCAAGCGUGGGGCGCAGAUUUCUCUCCUAGUCCAAAAGCAAGAAUCACUGGUUGACGAAGAAACAAAAGGCAGGUCUUGCUCAUGAGUUAUGAGGAUGACCAAGGUGGUAAUUAAAAGGGAGGCAAAUCGUAAAACACAUGCUUUAUCCUUUAUGGACCAGAAACAAGUGAAGGACAAAAACAUUGACUUAGAUACAGUUUUGUAAAGUGAUAGAAAGACUUCCAAAAGCAUUAUAGCAUAAUCCUUUAUUGAACAAACAAAGUUACAUACGUUUCUUCAGCUUAGCCCUUGUUAAUUAAAUUUGUGUAACCAUGGCAUCAGUACCAUUAUUGUAUUUAGAGGCAAGACAUCCACAUACGUUCGGUGGAUAGAAUUUAUUGGUUGUUUUAGUUAAAUUAUUGAUUUGGUGAUGAAUGAUGAAUAAAAUUAAUUUGUUGAUAUUUGAAUGGUUAA